AUGUCCAACUCGUAUGAUAGCCAGCUCGACGCAUUUGAACUCUACCACCGACAACGAGCCUCAGAGCCCGACAAACCACGUCCACGUCAAGAUGCGGCCAGCAAGGGGUCUGCUCUCGAAGCCCUGGGCCACGGUAUCGCGGGUUCAGCAGGCGCAGCACUGUCCAGUGCCGCUCUCUACCCCAUCGAUCUAAUCAUCACCCGCCUCCAGCUCCAGCGGCAGCUACGAAGUGAUCAGUCCCGGCCGGGAGAAGGCGAAUACAAGAGCUUCCUGGAUGCGAUCGAGAAGAUAUACAAGAAUGAAGGCGGGGUCGCGGGGCUCUAUACGGGGAUCUUGCAAGAUACGGGCAAGACGGUGGCCGAUUCGUUCCUCUUCUUCCUCGGCUACAGCUUCUUGCGGGAGAGGAGGCUGGCAGCGAGAGCACAUGGAAAUGCCAAAGCCAAAUCCCUGCCCGCGCUCGAGGAGUUAGGCGUAGGCUUUGUGGCGGGUUGCCUGACCAAGCUGGCCACGACGCCCAUCGCCAAUAUUGUCACACGAAAGCAAGCCGCGGUGCUGUUGGCGGCAAAAGCGAGCAACAAUAACGAAAGUGAUGGACUUAAAGUGCCGUCCGCAAGGCAGAUCGCCCAAGAUAUCAUGCAGGAGAAAGGCAUCACGGGCUUCUGGUCCGGAUACUCGGCCUCGCUGGUCCUCACGCUGAACCCCUCCAUCACAUUUUUCCUGUUCGAGACGCUGAAGAGGCUCCUCCUCCCACGGCACCGCAGGGACAAUCCUCCGGCUUCCCUUACGUUCUUAUUGUCGGCGCUGAGCAAGUCUUGCGCCAGUUCUAUCACUUACCCAUUCAGUCUGGCCAAGGCGCGUCUGCAGGCGGGGGCGAAGAGGGAGGACCCUGACGAGGAAGAGGUGGUAGAUAGGGAUGUCGCGAGUGAGAAGGGCCGCAGGGCCGCAAGGGCGAGCGUGUUCAGCACGGUUCUGACCGUCGCCCAGACGGAGGGCGUUACGGCGUUAUACGAAGGGUUGCAGGUGGAGGUGGUGCGCGCGUUCUUCAGCCACGGCAUGACGAUGGUGGUCAAGCAGAUCAUCCAGCGGUUUCUGGUCAAGGCGUACUACAUCAUCUCGAUUAUCCUGGGCCGAUAUAAGCGCAAGCUCGGGGGAUCGAGGCGGCUGGCAGAGCGGGCCAGGAGCAGCGUCGAGUACUACAAUCUCGCCAUGGCGCGGGCGAGCGAGAGGAUUGAGGAGGCGGGCUUGGCGGUCAAGCAGAAGGCUAACGAGACGGCGGAGUUUGUCGGCGAGUAUGUGGAGGAAGAAGCGGGUGAAUGGCGCGACUUGUAUGGUACAACAGGACUGGCGCGAUGGCUCGAUAGUGGUCGGGAUUGA